AAUUGGAACACCACAUGGCCAGUGCUCUUCAAAUAGAAAUGCUGCAAUAAGCAUGCAAGCUUCAAGAUUCCUCCUUAGAUCAAUCUCUCGCUGUAGACUGCAGCCCAGCAUUGCCCACCAAGUCAGUACACCCGCUGCUGUACCUCUGUUCCCUUGGAGCGCUCGUUACAGUGCCCCCUCUUGUGGUCCCCAUCGCUUACCAUGGACUAAUAGACACCUCUCAAGCAAUGCAGAACUGCUCGAUCAAGUUAACACUGAUUUAGAGGCUGUACAGGACCAAAACAAGAGAUUCUGUGUCGUUCAUAUCAGUGGUCGUCAGUUCAAGGUGACCUCCAACGAUCUCAUCGUGGUAAACCAAAUACCGGCAGACGUGGGGGCAGAAAUUUUCCUGGAAAAGAUUCUGUUGGCUGGUUCAGAUAAUUUCACUCUCGUGGGGACGCCCCUACUCAGUGAGGACGUGGUACGUGUGAGGGCGACAGUGGUGGAGCACAACAAAACAGCCAAAGUCAUCGUCUUUAAAAAGAAGAGGAGAAAAAACUAUAAGAGAACCAAAGGUCACAGACAACCCAUCUCUGUGCUAAGAAUCAACUCCAUAUUAUUGAACACUGUGCAGUAGCUCUAAUCAUAGUGACGAUCUAUCUAUAUAGUUUGUAGAAUCAUGUUUACUUUCAUUAAUAAUUAUUGUGUUCUGAAUAUUGUUUUCUCAUGCAUCAAUUAACUGUUGAUAAAAGUUGUUAUUAUCAGA